GGACUCGGGCGGGCGCUGUGGGGCUGGCUCCAUGUUUGCGGAAUGAAUGAAUCAUUACUCUUCCUUAUCCCCUUCUGAAGGAGGACUUUUUGAGAUCCACGUGCUGCAAAACACGUUGGGGGGCCUGCCGAGAUAGGGCUCCCCCCGCCGGCAUAGUAGACACGACUCUCCUUUCUCCACCUCCUCUCUACGCUCUAUUUUGGGGGCAGGAUCGCUUCUGGUUGGGGCUUGGGAAUGGUGGGGAAGGAGGGGCUUGUAGGCCCAGCCAGGUACUUGUUGACAGUCGGGAGACUUGAGAGAGGCCCCUUAGAAGGCCACAGAGGAGGGGGGCUCUGUGGAGGAGAGCACCCGCUGUCAGGCAGGGACCACUUCUCAUCUGAUACCUGCCUGGAAGGGCCAAUGGAGUGUAGAUUCUGACCUACAAUUUACUGAACGCCCCUCUCCACAGCCUCUGUUUCUUCAUCAGGUAAAUGGAAAUAUUAACGUCCGUUCCUCAGGGCUUUGAACAGAUUAAGAAAAAUGUCAUAUGAAAUCACUAGGACAGUGCUUGACACAUUGGGAGGACUCAGCAAACUUGCUUUUCUUUCCUUCCUCUCUGAAAAAACUGAGUGGAGGAUUUGUUCCCAUCCCUUCUGUCCCCGAAUUGGUAAUGGACAGUCACAGUACACGCGUAAUCACUGUUUGUUGAAUGAAUGAGCUUGCCAGGGUUUCAGAUCCCACCCCAUCCCCUCUUUUUCUCCCAGAAUCCACAGGCAGAGAUCUAAGCAGCACAGACAUGCCGGUGCUGUCUGAGGACUCCGGUUUGCAUGAAACCCUGGCACUACUGACCUCUCAGCUGAGACCUGACUCCAACCACAAGGAAGAGAUGGGCUUUCUGAGGGAUGUUUUCAGUGAAAAAAGCCUCAGUUAUUUAAUGAAGAUUCACGAGAAGCUUCGCUAUUACGAGAGGCAAAGUCCAACCCCCGUCCUGCACAGCGCUGUGGCCCUCGCCGAAGAUGUGAUGGAGGAGCUGCAGGCUGCCUCCGUGCACAGUGACGAGAGGGAGCUGCUCCAGCUGCUGUCCACCCCCCACCUCAGGGCCAUGCUCAUGGUACACGACACAGUUGCCCAGAAGAAUUUUGACCCUGUUCUCCCCCCUCUGCCCGAUAACAUCGACGAGGAUUUUGAUGAAGAAUCAGUGAAGAUUGUCCGCCUGGUGAAAAACAAGGAACCCUUGGGGGCCACCAUCCGGCGGGAUGAGCACUCAGGGGCUGUUGUGGUGGCCAGGAUCAUGCGAGGGGGCGCAGCAGACCGGAGCGGCCUGGUCCACGUUGGAGACGAGCUCCGGGAAGUGAACGGGAUCACAGUCCUGCACAAGCGGCCCGACGAGAUUAGCCAGAUUCUGGCGCAGUCCCAGGGAUCCAUCACCCUGAAAAUCAUCCCAGCCACCCAGGAGGAAGACCGCCUAAAGGACAGCAAGGUGUUCAUGCGGGCCCUCUUCCAUUACAACCCUCGGGAGGACCGGGCCAUUCCCUGCCAGGAGGCAGGCCUGCCCUUCCAGCGCAGGCAGGUCCUGGAGGUGGUGAGUCAGGAUGAUCCCACGUGGUGGCAGGCCAAGCGAGUGGGGGACACCAACCUUCGAGCUGGCCUCAUCCCUUCCAAGCAGUUCCAGGAAAGGCGACUGAACUACCGGAGAGCCACAGGCACCCUGCCGAGUCCCCAGAGCCUCAAGAAGCCCCCCUAUGAUGAGCCCUGUGACAAAGAGACCUGUGACUGUGAGGGGUAUUUCAAAGGACACUACGUGGCUGGUCUUCGGAGGAGCUUCCGGCUGGGCCGCAGAGAGAGACUGGGAAGCCCACAGGAGGGAAAGUCGUCUGCAGUGGCCGAGUCUCCGGAGCUGCCAACUUACGAGGAGGUGACCAGGUACCAGCACCAGCCUGGCCAGCGGCCCCGCCUGGUGGUUCUGAUUGGGUCUCUGGGAGCCCGACUACAUGAGCUGAAACAGAAGGUGGUGGCAGAGAGCCCUCAGCAUUUUGGUGUUGCCAUUCCACAUACCACCAGGCCCCGGAAGAGCCAUGAGAAGGAAGGAGUAGAGUAUCACUUUGUCUCUAAGCAAACAUUUGAAGCCGACUUGCAUCACAACAAGUUCCUGGAGCAUGGUGAAUAUAAGGAAAACCUCUACGGAACCAGCCUGGAAGCCAUUCGGGUUGUGAUGGCCAAAAACAAAGUUUGUUUGGUGGACGUGGAGCCAGAUGUACUGCAACAACUGAGGACCUCAGAGUUUAAACCCUAUGUUAUAUUUGUAAAGCCUGCAGUUCAGGAAAAAAGGAAGACGCCACCCAUGUCUCCAGCUUGUGAGGAUGCAACAGCCCCACUUGAUGAGGAGCAGCAAGAGAUGGCCGCCUCUGCCUCCUUCAUAGACCAGCAUUAUGGGCACCUGGUGGAUGCUGUACUGGUAAAGGAGGACCUCCAGAGUGCAUACAGCCAGCUCAGAGCGCUGUUAGAGAGGCUGAGCAAGGACACUCACUGGGUACCUAUUAGUUGGGUCAGGUGACUGUAUCCUAGAACAUCCAGGUUGGAGGGGACCUGGAAGACCACCUGACCCAGCCUACCCCAUGCUACCAUCAAGGAAUCUCAAGUGAGAGGGGCAGAAAUUUCCAUAAACUCCAUCCUCAAGAAGAGUCUCUGUGGGAAGUCUUGUUUGUCAUUGGUUUCUGUCCAUUGCUUUUCACUGCACUCCUUUGGAGCAGAAAACACAAGUCAAAAGGGGGUAUAUAUCACAAUAUAACACAUGUCAUUCAUUAAAGUAUCACAGGCAAGUUGACCCUGAUUCUCUGUACCAAAGUUGAGUAGCCACUGUCUUUUGGUGGGGGAGGUAGUGGUGAAUGUAUGCAGUACCAGUUUGCAGAGGUAAUUUAAACUUUAUAAACUGACACUUCAUUUAUCGGGCUUUGUCUGAAGUUAAGUUGUUUUACCCAAGAGGACUUAACAUGCAACUGAAGUUCGCCUGUCUUCAGGCACUAAAAUGUUGAUCUUUUUCAAGUUUUUGAAAGUUUUUGUUUGCCUGGCAAUGGAAAAUGUGGUUCUCUGCCUUCUUGAAUAGUGAACAUUCACAAACUUUUUUGACAGACUAAGGUAUGCUUCCCUGUCACCAUGAGUUACUGUACUAUUCUAUGAUACAGUGGUGUUUUCAGGGACUCUUGUGGAAUGUAAGGCUGCUUGUGCCUUUUCUAUAUAUCCUCAGACUCCAAAAAUUUACCCUUGCUUGCUUUGAUUUAUUCUGUUCUGUCACUUGUCUCUCUUGUUACUGACAGUUGCCCUGGUUCUCACCUGUCCCUUCCUUCAGAUUAUAGGAGCUCCUGACAUGCUAGGUCGUGGAAAAACAGAUGAUCCCCACACCUCCAGCCCCCACCCCCAUCAAAUCUAUGUCUAAACCACAACAAAUCAGUCCUGACCAUCAAAA